CAACUUCGGUCGAUGACUGUCGAAUUGCCCAAAGGGGACACGUCGUCAGUUCGACACAGUGAAGGACCUACCGGGCUACUCGAGUGUUGGGCCACGGAACGCGUUCAGCACCAUCGCUCUGGUACAAUAAGUACCUACCUACAGUACGUGCUCAGCGUGGCAUUUAGGACCAGCCAGUGCGCAGUAUUUCUGGGGUAGGGUCCAUGUCGACGGAGAAAUGCCGGCUUUGGCCUCGGCACACAGAGAUGGUGUGAUGCUGGCUCUCUUUCGACUCACUCGCCAUUGCCUUCCCAAGAGCUACUCCCGGCCUCUCGUCCCUGCAGGGAAGACCAUUGAGCCGGCCACAACUUGCCCCAGCUGUUGGAGCCUUUGUCGAGUCUGUUCAGCUUCGUACCUCGGCCAUCCAGAAGCCUCACUUGGGAGACAAGGGAAUGCACAUUGGAAUUUGAUUUUACCCGUGCUGAUGCGACGCCGGAGUGUAGGAUGGAGGAGGGACCCUUCGGAUGUUGAUGCAGUGCUUAUUGCCGCGGUACGAGUCUCCGAUGGCGUUAGUCUGGUCGCAAAGCCGCACCAUUCGUCACCUUCCUGGCGUGCAGUUAGUGGCAUGGGCUCGGGACAUUGCUUAAGUUAUUUCGUUGAACCUGUCUUCGGGACUGGCAUCCGGCCAUUACUUUAUGUGUAACCUGGACCAGGAGGUGUAGGUGAGCUCCUUCGAGCCAGCCAAGACUAACUUCAAGGAGUUCGCCUCUUGGAAUCAACCUAGCCACCAAGGCGGCGAUAAAACCUGAGGUCGGAAUACGC